CCCUGAGAGCGCUUCAUAACACAGUCAUUUCAUUUAAAACCGCGCUAGGCAUGGUACGAGCCCCACAUCGCUGAGUUUUACAGCGCGAUCAGACACAAGGCUUCACUGUCAGUCAGCUCUGAUCAUGUGCGAUUGUUAGAGUGAGCAAACUAGACAAAAUCUUAACUGCACUUAUACUCUGUUUAAGGACAGUCGGCUGACUUCGGCUUUGAUUUUGUGAUGGCAGAACCGCAGCAACAGCUGGUUGACAUCGACCCGGAUUUCGAGCCUCUCUCCCGGCCGCGCUCAUGCACCUGGCCGCUGCACCGACCGGAGUUCAGCGAGCCGGGGAGCUCCAACACCUCCUCCCCGGCACCGUCCGUCAAGCCGGAGCAAGGCAUAGUGGACUUUAUCAACAGCCUAAGUUUACUAGAAGAGACCGAGGACUACCAGGAAGAGAAACCCGUCCUUUUGAACGACUUCCACUGCCAGGACAACUGCGUUCAUCCCCAGCAACAGCAUCCCCAGCAGCCGAAUCCCCAGCUGACGCACCCGCAACAGGUGCCGCCGCUCCCCACCCCUGCCAGCAGCUCCAGCCCCGCAGCGGCCCAGAGAAAGAGCAGCUCGUCUCGCAGGAACGCGUGGGGGAAUAUGUCAUACGCUGACCUCAUCACCAAGGCGAUCGAGAGCUCCCCUGAGAAGCGGCUCACCCUGUCUCAGAUCUACGAGUGGAUGGUGAAGAGCGUGCCUUACUUCAAAGAUAAGGGCGACAGCAACAGCUCAGCCGGCUGGAAGAACUCAAUCAGACACAAUCUGUCCUUGCACAGUCGUUUCGUGCGCGUCCAGAAUGAAGGAACAGGGAAGAGCUCAUGGUGGAUGCUGAACCCUGAGGGGGGGAAGAGUGGCAAGUCUCCACGCCGGAGAGCCACUUCCAUGGACAACAACAGCAAGUUCACGAAGAGCCGCGGACGAGCAGCCAAGAAAAAGAUGUCGAUGCAGGCUGGACUGGAUGGUGGUUCUAGCAGUCCUGGUUCUCAGUACCCAAAAUGGCUCGGCAGCCCCAACUCUCACAGCAAUGAAGACUUUGAACCCUGGACCACCUUUCGUACCCGCGCCAGCUCUGAUGCCAGUACGCUCAGCGGCCGUCGCUCACCCUUCCUACCUGAGGAGGAUGAGGCUGGUGAGGUUCCCAUCGGGUACCCAGGCACCAAACUGGGCGGCCCCCUCCCCAGCCUGUCUGAAGUGGCGGGUCACCAUGGUUCUGAGAACUUGAUGAUGGACAAUCUCUUAGAAAACCUCAACAUCAUCUCACCCAAAAAUAACACCCAGGCAAGCCAAGGCACCCAAUCUGCAUUGUCUCCACCCAUGAUGCAGGGUAGCCCUGGGUACCCAUCUUACAACUCUCCCAGUAUGGGUCCUCAGCCCCAAGUCCAGCAGGACUACCGGAGGGUCCUGUAUGGACAGGCCGGGAUGGGCGGACAGAGUUCCAUUGCCAUACCGACUUUAUCGGACAGUCAACCUGGAGGCUACGGCCCCUUUGUGAGUCAGUACAACUGUGCCGCAGGGCUGCUCAAAGAGCUGCUGACCGCAGAAGCUGAUCCGAGAGGGGACAUGAUGCCACCUUUAGAGUCGGUGGGGUCUGGAGAAGGGCGACGGGUGCUACCUAGCUAUGCUAGUCAGGGACAAAUGGGACACGGGGGCAAAAUGAUCACACAUGCUCACCUGCAUGGACACCCACGCUCGCUUCAUCAAUUGCCAUCACCAGCAAUGGGAAUGAACGGCUGUGCCCUGUUGCACCACGGGCAUCCUGUUCGUCUCGGUAACAUGAAGCUACAACCACACCUGCCUCAUCAUGCUCAACUGGGUAGAGGUGGAGGCGAAGCCAGGAUGCCAAAUUACACCAAUGGCAACGGUUUCCACAGGCACGGACCGGGUCCUCACCACCAUCACAGCCACCCGGAGCGGCUGCCCAGUGACUUAGAUGACAUGUCGAUCGAGCAGCUAGAGUGUGAUGUGGAAACCGUCCUUCACGACACGCUCAUGGACGGCGAUGCUCUGGACUUCAACUUUGACCCUAUGAGCAGUCAGCAGAGUUUCCCACAUGGAGUCAAGACCAACACGCAUAGCUGGGUAUCAGGAUAAGCACCUUAUCUACUCAAAGACAUACACAUUGGUGAGGCGGGCUGUUUUUGAUUUAUAAUAUGAAUUAAUCAUAACAAAUGUGUGUGAAUAUAUAUGUAAAUAUGUCAUAGACAUAUAGCAGGUCAAUCAACAGUUGACCUAAGUGACUGAAUGCUGUAGGUCAUACCAAAAGGCUACACAUACAAGAGAAAUCACAAGCUUACAUUUCCUUCCCAUCUGCAAGGACUCAAUUAUUAAAAGUCUAAAAUAAAACAACUACGAGUGAAAAUAAAACAAAAGUAAAAUAAAUAAAUAGAUUUUUGGCAUCAUUGAAGCCCAUGUCAGCACAGUUGCGAAUUUAUUUGCCGAAAUUGUGUCUGUCUUGUAAUUCUGUCUUUAUUUCUCACUAUUGCACCGUUUUUUAUAUAUGUAUGCGUAUAUAUCUUGGAAUUCCAAUUUUGUUUUCUCUCAAUGCUGAGUUUAUCUCUUACAAUUGUGACUAUUUCUGAUAGUUGUGAUUUAUAUAUCUCACAAUUCCAAUUUUAUUUCUCACAAUUAUGAAUUUCUCCCAAUUGUGACUCGAUUUCUCAUAGUUGUGAAUAUAGAUCUGGCAAUUCCAAUUUUUCCAUUGCGACUUUAUUUCUCAUAGUCGUGACUCUAUAUCUUACAAAUUCCAAUUUUAAUUCUCCCGAUUCUGAAUUUAUUUCUCACCAUUGCGACUUUAUUUCUCGUAGUCGUGACUAUAUAUCUUACAAAUUCCGAUUUUAAUUCUCCCUAUUCUGAAUUUAUUUCUCACAAUUGCGACUUUAUUUCUCGUAGUCGUGACUAUAUAUCUUACAAAUUCCAAUUUUAAUUCUCCAAUUCUGAAUUUAUUUCUCACAAUUCCAACUUUAUUUCUCCUUUUGUGACUAUACAUUAUAUCUAGCAUUUCCAAUUUUAUUUCUCUCAUAUUAUAUCUCAUAUAAAAUAGAAAAAUUACCGACAUGACAGAUGUCAUUUCAGUUCACUAUUUUCUCUGUUCUCUCUCUCUGAAGUGUGUGCAUGCACCUCAUGAACUGUUUACCUCAGUCAGAACUUCUGCAACCCAUCAGCAGAGGCCAGUGAAUGGUCAUUAUUUACUGAUUUACAGUACAUUGUUCCAGUAGACUCCAUGAUUGUCGGGAAUCAUCAUAAUCUGCUUUUUGCUUGUGGUUAGUCAGAGUGUAAAUAUUGAAGCUGGCUAAUCAAAAAUAGUCACGUCAAACACUCAUAGAUAUUUGAGAUUGUUUUGUAUAUUUUUUGUCUAUUUGGCCUUUCAGUUUGGCACUGUAGGUCAUUAAAAUGAAUUCAGGGCAGAUGUGUGUGUCAUAUAAACUGGAGUGCUGUAUAAUGUCUGUUGUAGUGUACAUUACAGUUAUCUUUGUCAUUUCAGGGUGCUGAAUGAAUGUGUUUUGUACAGAGAUGUAUAUUUUUGUUGUACUGAUGGGAUGGUAAAUGAAAUGUUUAUAUUUGUACAUUUGUAAGCUUCUUACAGGUCAUUUAAAAUGCUCUUCAAUAACCCCUCCCAGCUUAUAAAUGUCUAAAAAAUCCUUUAUUGUGGCCUUGUUUGCUGUGUAUAUAUAACAGAUUUUCUCAAACUGCUGGAUGAAAUUCUUUUAUUGUAUAUAAUGAUAUGUACUUUGUGCCUUCCCCUCUUGCAACCUGGGAUUGAAUGAUGUGAUGAUUUCUCAUCAAUUUCUGAUUUAAAAUUCAUCGUUUUAACGAAUUUAAAAAAUGUCAGAGUGGUAUAACUGUCCUGAGAUAAUUGCAAAAAGUCUUAAUAUUAAAAGGCCAUUGAUUUUUUUGAAUUAUAUGAGAAGGUAAGUUCAAGUAUAACCCCAAGAAAACUUCAUGAUAUUCAUGAUUCAAACAUUCAUAUUUGAAUAAUGAUUAUAAUACUAAUAAUAAUUUUUACCUCUUCUUUUGUGGUAUUUUUAGAGUAAACUAAUUCUUGUAAUUUGAAACGGAACUCUAAAAUCCACAUAAUCCUGGAUCUUUUUUUUUUUUUUUUGUCAUUGACUAGUUAAACUUAAUGGCAAAAUGAAACAAAUUUAAAAUGAGCUAUGCUGGGAUUCUAGAAUCCUCAGAAAGGUUCACUGGAAGCCACAUAUACUUAAGACUAAUUUUGCAUCUGUCUGAGGGCAUCAGGCUAAAGGCCUCUUAAAAUGUUUUUACAUUUAUGUAUUUGACAGAAAUUAUAUGAUAAUUUUGUGUAAUUUAAGAUUUUUUCUCUGUGUUCUUGUCUUAAUCUUGUACAUGCGCAUGCACACACACACAUUCAUUGUAACUGCACAUCUACAAAAUAUUUAAUGCAUUCAGAUUUCUAACCUGUGAGAUUUUCUAUCCAAGCAGUGAGGUGUACCAAGAAGGUUUGUAAAUUAUAAAGACUAUUUUAAACAUAUUCAUAUAUUUUUAACAGAUAUAAAACAACAAUCUGCUUUUGUAGUAAUUUCAGACUGCCUAUGAUUAUUCAAAAGUAUGCUUUUGUUUGUUUAUGUCUGUUAUCUAAUAUCUGUAUAUAAUAAUAAUUAUGUGUCACUGACCUUGUCUGUUUUUUUCCAGUCUAGAUUUUUUGAUCUCUUGACAUGUAAAUAGCGUUGAUUUUGUCUUUUUUAAUAAUCAGACGUGUCAUUUAUUUUGACUCUAAUUUCUCAAUGGAUGAAUUUGUCUCAAAUGUGUUAGUGAAGUUGUAUUUUUUUGCUGAUUUUAAUGUUGUCUGACGUGACCUAAUUGGGAUGGGAGAUGUUUUCCCACUGUAGCCAAUUGUACAUUAGAAGCAUACAUUCAUCGUACAGUCUUUGUCAGAACCACAUGCUUUUUUUAGACUAGUUCUACAUGGAGGAAGUGCCUAUUAAUAUUGUAAUGUAAACAGCGAUGAAGAAUAGAUUUUAAUUUAACAAAAAGAAAAUUGCAGCUGUUAUAUGAAGCCAUAAUUGUAUAUAAAGGUAUGAAUAUAUGAA